AUGGAUCUGAUCAGGAGUUGGAUCGAGCCGCUGGUAGAAGCGGCCAUACGCCAGAGUAUUGACGCUGAAGAAUCCAGCUCCAAAGAGCUUGGGGAGACCGUUAAUGACGAAAGUAACUUCCGAAUACCUGUUAAACGCCCAAAAUGUGCGCAAUUAGUCAAGUGGUUAGCUAAAGAACCAGUUCCCCGGGCGCUUCUCUCCGAUAGGUUCACGAAGAUUCAUGCGAUAUUCUCCGAGAGUUCUUGUCUAAAUUAUGACAGGGAAAACAAUUCGGAUUUUCGAAAAACCUUGACGGGGUGUAUCCUAAAGAUUUCAAAAUUCUAUAUUACCAUUGGACAAUCGCGCACCGCGCCCCCAGAAAUAUCUCUUUAUAUUGAAGGAAUGAAAGUAGAAGGCUGCGAGGGUGACGGCAUAUGUGGAAGUCCCAUAAAUAUUCUUCAUCACAAAGCUGUUAUUGAACUAGGCAACAGAUGGGCCCGUGAAAAACGCGUUACACACUCGAGGGAACUAAACGGGCCAAAUGAUAGUAGUAGCGACAAUUUAGGCGAAAAGUCUAUAGUAUCGCUGCCCGGCAGCGAUAAUGCUUGCGACCGUGAAAAAUCAGAGCCAGAUGAUGAUGGCGAUGCGAGUUCAGCACAGGAAGACAUGUGGCACACACAAGCGCCGACACAUCUUGUAGCACAAACACCCAAAGCUCAAGGCAACGAGGAUUCCAUUUCAUUCCCAAAAUCCAAAACGGAAGAUCUACUGAUUAAUCUAAAACCUAAAGGGGAGAACACGAAGAGCAAACCACUAAGCCCAUCUACACAGGGAAGCUCAUUAUCUCGGGGUGCGAUCAAAAAAAUUGACAUAAAACCAGUAGCUGGUUCAGUCAAAGCAAAAUCAAAGCAUAUAUCUGUUACAGGGUGCUCUCGAAGUACCACUCCAUCUCCUACAAUGGCUUCUCCGCGUGAAUAUCCAUUGUCCAGCAGCGGUGGUUCAAAGCGGAAAGUACACAUUAAUUCUCCUCACUCUUACCAGAAAAUUGCUUCUCCAGGGCCUAUAUCAUCUCACCAACGUGACACGGUACUGCUCAGCCGGCGAACACACUCCGGAGACCCUGAACCAGAACUAGGGAGCAAUAGAGGUUUCUUCAGUGGUUGGAGCCGAAUAUACCGGCGCGAUGUAGUCAUACCCAAAUCUCAACUCAGUUUGCUUGAGAGUGCUGACUCUUGGAUAACCCCUAAUACUGGGAUGCGCGUGCCUCAAAACUAUGUACCUAUUGAACUUAUACAGGAAUGGAGUGAGAAGCAUAAAGCUAGAGCAUCUAUUUCAACAGCAACUCCCCAGAAAGCGGACGCAGUCGCAAGUCUCGAUACAGAAAUAACCUCAUCACCUGAAAGCCAACUCCCCGAUGACGAGUUAGGGUUAGAUCAAUGGCCUCCCUCUCUAGUUCCCCGUGUUCCCCUUGAUAGUAGCCCACCAAGGAGACCCAGGGGGCGAUUAACAAGGUCCCACAGGAGCACACCCGACUCUGACCCUACAAACCCAGCUGAUAUACCCGCCAACUCGGAGGAUACAGACAUACUAAGUUCUAUUAUAAAGACCAAGGAAUUUUCUGAUGAUGAUAGCUAUGAAGGUUCGGAGAUAGAACUUUCUGUUCCCCGAGACCUAUAUACCUCAACUCAAGAAGAAGGUAAUGUUCUUCCGGGGUCUCCUAUGGCAGAAAGUGGGGGAGAAGAACCAAUCAACCGUUCGCCUUUGCCAACGAAGGUGACAGAGACCGUACUAUCUCAGCAAUUUCAAGAGCCUCAUUCAUAUUCACCAAAUGGCCCAGAAACGCCAUCAGCUCAUCAUCGAAAUACCAAUGACUCCGAACCCUCUCUUCUAGACUCAACCCCAAUUUUAGUUCCAACUACUUUAAAAGUCACUGCCCAAAACUCUCGGAGGAAAUCACCUUUAGCUUCAGCCCAAAGUACGAGGUUAGAAUCCCCGAUUCGUAAUUCUAUACCCCAGAGCUCCUCGUCAAACUACGAUGGGACGACGGUUACCUCCCAGGUUCCUGUUGAAGGUGAUAUCGACUCUCCUAGCCAUAAGGCUCCCCCGAGCGUACUGCAGGUCCCCAAGUCCUCCUCAGAGAAUGCUAGUCAAGAUAUGGUCGUGCUUCAGUCAAUUGAGGCUCCCUUCCCCCCUGUGAAUCUUCAUGAAACUAAUCAGAAGCGUAAGCGAUUGGAUGAAUCCCCUUCCCAGUCGUCAUCUCCUCAGAAAGUUCCAAGAAUAUCGGAAACAAGUGCAAGUACGUCAAUCCGCCAAAGCAAAAGGUCCUUUGUCCAAGUAUCAUUUUCUUCUCAGACAGAGGAGAUAUACUACAAAUUUCAACAGGCAUACAAGUCCUAUACCGGUAGCUUGGAGGGUUUUAGGAGAGCAUGCUGCAGGCUUCAGUCACUUCGAAACAAGGGUAUAAUGAAAAAGUCCAUGCUGUGGGAUGAUUUUAUUGCCCGUGAAGAGGCUGAGUAUCAAAACUACAUACAAAGGUGCCACCGGCGACAGAAAACCCCCGACACCUACCAAGGCUAUUUUGACAAACACGCCAAAUUUCCACAGUAUAAGAGGCGAAAUUUAACAGUAAAGAAUCUACAGGCAGUAGUCAUAGAGGCGGAGGGCGAAGGGGAUGGUGAUAGCGACAGCGAGGACAAUGCCCAAACAGAUGCAACCCCCGAGCCACCUUCUGUCUUACCGCGCGUCAUUCCAGAGUCACCAUGCAAGCCCAGAUUACGGGAAUGGGAGAGCGAAGAUUCAGGCCCAGAAGCCAUCGAGAUAGACGCAGAGGUAUCCCACCUGCAUGAUAGGGCCAGUGUCGAACUGGGCGAUGAAGAAUACUCCCGCGUAGACGCCAAUAAGCUAAUAAAAAGAAAGGCAACCCCUUUUGAAGAGGAAGAUGAUGACGACGGAGAGGAUGUCUUCCACGCUGUACGCGGCCGUUUGCAUCGAUCCAGCUCUGCUCGCCUGAACGAUGGACCUGACACGGAACCGUCUGCCGAACUGGAUAUAGCUUGUAUUUCGACCAACAAACUUCGUCCAAAGUCUCCAAGGCCUCUCUCUAACAUACAACGAUCAAGCUCGCCAACUAAGCCCAAGGCAUCUGUCCCUCGGAAACCGCCCGCGCCGUCGCUCCCGUCGCAUAGAAAAGUAUACGAUGGUGCUAACAAGGAUAAAACGGACUGUGCAUUGGCGGACUCUACAUGGUGGAAGAAUCCCGAUACGUCAUUAAAGAAGUUUUCGAGGGAUUAUGCGCGGAUUCCUAGCGAGUUCGGCUUGGUCCCAGUCGACGAAGCUGGGGUCGUUUUAAUACAUUCUCGCAAACAGCAGCAGAAGGGAGGGAAGAUGGAUAGCAUGGGGUUUAAAUUCUAG